AGAGAGGAGGGGGCCAUGGCUCAGAACUUGUAUGGGCCAGGAGUCCGGAUAGGCAACUGGAAUGAGGACGUCUACCUUGAGGAGGAACUCAUGAAAGACUUCUUGGAGAAGAGAGAUAAGGGGGAACUUCUCAUACAGAAGAACAGAAGACUGAAAGGGAGCCUUUUGAAGCAGAUGCAGCUUUCUGUAUCGAAGGAUGGAUACAUUCACUAUGGCGACAAAGUGAUACUGGUGAAUCCUGACUAUCCCGAGGAAGAAGUCGACGUGUUUCUGGCUGGGAACCUGAGUCUCUGUAUGACUCCGGACGAAAUGACAACCCACCUGAGAGACCAACUGGAGGUGCCCUGUGGCCUGAGCGCAGCGCCACUCAGCAACUCAGUCAGCAGAAACACCUUUAUGGUUCUGAGUAUGCACAGGAAAGCCGUCAGUCAAGUCCUUAGAUAUGGGGAGAACUUCUGCCUUGGCAUAAUGGGAGGAUGUGAAGACAAAAUCUUGUAUUUGACAAGUGACCAUCGGACCCUUCUGAGGUCAUCUAAGAAGUCGUGGCUGCAGGACGUGUACCUGACGGACGAGCUCUCCUACCUGAGCUGCUGGCAGGCGGCCUGCCUUGAUCCGCAAAUGCGCCUGGAAUAUGAAGGCUUUCCCGUUCCGGCCAAUACAAAGAUCCUCAUCAGUCACUGCCACACAAAUCGGGGCCUGGCGGCCCACCGGCAUCUUUUCGUAAGUACCUAUUUCGGAAAGGAAGUUGAAGUCGCAGCUCACACACAUCUGGAUUCACACAAAGUGGAAAAACCAAAGAAUCACUGGAUGCUGGUCACUGGGAAUCCCAGGAAGGACUCACCCACCAUGCUGGACCUGCCCAAACCCCGAGCAGAGGACACCAGCGCCACAGAGCAAGCCAUGGGAUUAGAGUGCAGUGAUAAUAUGCCAGACGCUUGCACUUGA